GCAGGCGGGAAGGCGGAAGGAGCCUUCUGGGCACAGCGACACAUCCCGCGGUGGCCGCACUUGGCCCGCUCACCAUGGAGGCCGCGGUGCUGUGGUUCUGCAACUGGAGCACGCUGGCUGUGUGCGCCGCGCUCAAGCUGCCGCAGAUCCGCGCCCAGCUGGCGGCGCGCAGCUCGCGGGGGCUCAGCCUCCCGAGCUUGCUGCUCGAACUGGCGGGGUUCCUGGUCUUCCUCCGCUACCAGUGUUACUAUGGGAACCCAGUGAUCACCUACCUGGAGUACCCCAUCCUCAUUGCACAAGAUGUCAUCCUCCUACUCUGCAUCUUUCAUUUUAACGGGGAUGUAAAACAGGCUGUACCGUACCUGGCUGUAUGCCUGUUGUCUUGGUUCAUCCUCGGCCUGCACAAGGGGGCCGUCGACCUGGCCAUGAACCUGUGUACACUGGUCAGCGCGGCCAGCAAGCUCGUGCAGCUCCAGUACCUGUGGAAGACACGGGACUCGGGCACCGCCAGUGCACUCACCUGGGGCCUCUCCGCCUACACCAGUGCAGCAAGAGUAAUAACAACUUCCAUGACCACCAAUGACCUGACAGUUCUCACCCGUUUUGUGAUCAUGUUGGCCUUGAAUAUCUGGGUGACAGCGACAGUGCUGCGCUACCGGAAGCUGGCCAAGGCUGAGUGACAGCCUGGGGACGGACUUGGAGUGGCUGAGCAGAGCAGUACACGCAGCUUUGUGGAGGGUGCUCAGACCUUUAGUCAGUUACUCCAGAAAUGCCAAGCCAGAGGGUUUUGGGACUCGCAGGAGCCCCUUAAACAGGCAUCUAAAUGCCAAUGUCUGUCCCCACCUCCCCUGCCUGGGGUCACACGGGGUCAGAUGCCCAGUUUUCGAACUCGCGGUGCCCUCAGACCCUCCCUGAGCUUGCUGCCCUCGCUCCUGCGCUGCCUGCAUCCUCCUGCUCCAGGGUCUUCUGAGAGAGUCCUCACGAUACUGACGCCGUGUGACGUGGACAUGGAGCCGUGUGGGGAGAAGUCCUGGGGCCCGAGCUGCACACCACGUGGCCUUGACUUCACGUGAGCCUUGAAGGGCUUCUCUUGAGUAACUGCUGUUAACCACUGCUCUUCUCUGAUUAUUUUGUUAGGAAAUUUUGUUUUCAUAAAAAAUGCCUCCCGCAAGGAGUUAAUAACAAAGGUGCUGUUAGAAGCAAGCGCUGCAUAGGUGAGCAGAUCCCAACCAACUCAGUGAGGUGCAGUGCGGCGUCUGUAGAAGGGCGUCACCCACAUGUGGGAGUCACCAGGAUGUGGUACAGAACACCGGUUUCAGCUAGUGAAAAUAUAUGGAUUUUACUCUCAUCAUAUCUUAUUCUAAAUAUGAUCUUAAGAUUAUUGUACACUGUGUUAGCCCCUAAAACAUUAUAAAUUUAACAUUUAAGAACUCACUUUUUUUCAAAGUGAAUUAUUCUAUUGUAUACAGGAAGUAAACCACAUUAGAAACAUGUUUGGUUUCCCAUGUAAACUUUCAUAUUCUGUCUUUUUUGAUUUUUGGUACCAGGGAUCGAACUCGGGACCUUGUGCUCACAAGGCAGACUGCGAAACCACUGAGCUAAAUCCCUAGCCCACACUUUCAUAUUUUGAAUUCUGCUGAGUCUUGAGGCUAUCAAUUAUUUUAAUGUGACUUAUUUUAAAUUAUGUAAGGUAUAUUUUUCAAUAAACUGGUUCUUUUGGUACUGCUUGGGACAAACAGGAAGAAAAAUGCAGUAUCUAAAAAGAAA